AGGGUGAAGAAGUCAUGAUAUGUGUUUUCAGCUUUUGUUGAUUAAUUUCAACCCUUAUGGUGGUCUGUACAUGACUGACUAGUUUCCACACGGAUUCCAUGCCUCUUGCCCCCCCACCAUUGCCUGCCGCUUUACUUCUUCUGCUCCUUCCAUUUUCCCUGCAUACUCUGCUUCCCUCUCCCUCUCUCUCUCUCUACCGCAGCUGCAGUAAUGGGGGAUACUGGCGCGGCCAGCAAUGUCGCUCGGGUAAUAGCUGUAGCCCUAGAGUGGAGCUCUCCUCCUGAUGCAAGAAACGCCGCUGUUUCCUUCUUAGAAUCUUUUAAAACUGGGGAUAUACAUGUCUUGGCAAACACAUCUUUCACUUUGGUCAAGAAUGAUUGGCCGUCUGAAAUUCGAUUGCAUGCUUUUAAAAUGUUGCAGCAUUUGGUCCGUUUGCGGUGGGAGGAAUUAAGCUCUACUGAACGAAGAAGCUUUGCAAAUGCAGCCGUAGGUUUGAUGUCUGAGAUUGCAAACCCUUGUGAAGAAUGGGCUUUGAAAAGUCAGGCAGCUGCUCUUGUAGCUGAGAUGGUUAGGAGAGAAGGCAUAAAUUUGUGGCAAGAGCUUCUUCCUUCGUUAGUUUCUCUAUCAAACAGCGGUCCUAUUCAUGCUGAGUUAGUCUCGAUGAUGCUAAGAUGGCUUCCUGAGGAUAUAACGGUUCAUAAUGAAGAUCUGGAAGGUGAUCGGCGCAGGCUGCUGUUGCGUGGGCUUACACAAUCUUUGCCUGAAAUAUUGCCUUUGUUGUACACAUUACUAGGAAGGCACUUUGAAGAUGCAGUAAGUGAAGCAGGUAGGCAACAACUAGACACUGCAAAACAGCACGCCUCCACAGUAACAGCUACAUUGAAUGCUGUUAAUGCAUAUGCUGAGUGGGCUCCUUUGCCUGAUCUUGCAAAAUAUGGCAUAAUUUAUGGGUGUGGUUGUUUACUUUCAUCUCCCGACUUCCGUCUCCAUGCUUGUGAGUUUUUCAAGCUUGUCUCCCCAAGGAAAAGACCAGUUGAUGCCUCUGCUUCCGAAUUUGCUUCCGCAAUGUGUAAUUUGUUUCAAAUCUUAAUGGAUGUCUCAAAAGAUUUUUUGUGCAAAUCGAGCUCCAAUGUUGGAGUUGAUGAAAGCGAAUUUGAGUUUGCGGAAUAUAUAUGUGAGAGUAUGGUAUCUCUGGGUUCUACAAACUUGCAAUUCAUUUCCAAUGAUAGCACCAAGCUCCCUAUUUAUCUCCAACAGAUGCUGGGGUAUUUCCAACAUUUUAAGCUGGCACUUCAUUUUCAAUCUUUGUUUUUUUGGCUGGCGCUGAUGAGAGAUUUAGUGACCAAACCAAAGGUUUUUGCACAUGCAUCUGGAGAUGGUUCAUUUAACGAUGUGGGUGCUGGUUCCAUACCGGCUGAUAAUGAAAAGAAAAAGAUUCUAUGUUUAAUUGAUGAUGAUAUCUGCAGUGUCCUUCUGAACAUAGCUUUUCAACGCAUGCUCAGGAGAGAAAAAGUACUUCCUGGAACUGCACUUUCUUUGGGAAAAUUGGAGCUGUGGAGUGAUGAUUUUGAGGGCAAGGGAGAUUUUGGUCAGUAUCGUUCUAGGCUGUUGGAGCUGAUCCGGCUUGUUGCUUCUAGCAGGCCACUUACAGCUGCUUCUAGGGUUUCUGAGAUAAUUGUUACAAUCAUUAAGGGCCUUUUGCAUGCUCAAUCGCCUGCCCAGGACUUGCCCAUCCUGGAAAGCAUGCAAUUGGCCCUAGAGAAUGUUGUGAUUGCAAUAUUUGAUGGGUCAAAUGAACUUGGUGGGGGUAGUUCUGAAAUUCAACUUGCACUGCAUGGAGUAUUUGAAGGUUUACUCCAGCAUCUUCUUUCGUUGAGCUGGACUGAACCACAACUUGUGGAAGUACUUGGGCACUAUUUAGAAGCAUUGGGUCCUUUUCUGAAGCAUAACCCAAAUGCAGUUGGCAGUGUCAUCCGUAAACUAUUUGAGCUUCUAACCUCACUUCCCACAUCUGUGAAGGAUCCAUCAACAAGUAGUGCGCGGCAUGCGAGGUUACAUAUUUGUUCAUCAUUUGUUCGUAUAGCCAAAGCUGCUGAUAAAAGCCUCCUGCCGCACAUGAAGGGUAUAGCCGAUACGAUGGCAUAUCUGCAAGAAAAAGGUUCUUUGCUCCGUGGAGAGCAUAAUAUUUUAGGUGAAGCAUGUCUUGUUAUAGCUUCUGCUGCAGGGGUUCAACAUCAGCAAGAAGUUUUGGCCUGGUUACUUGAACCUCUGAGCAAGCAAUGGACACAGCUGGAGUGGCAAAAUGCUUAUUUGUCUGAACCAGCUGGUCUGGUUCGCUUAUGCCUGGAGACACAGUUCAUGUGGUCAAUUUUCCAUACCGUGACAUUCUUUGAGAAGGCACUUAAGAGAAGUGGAUUUAGAAAGGGUCAUCAGAAUUUACAAAAUGGUUCCACAGGGGGUUCUACUUUGCAUCCAAUGGCUUCUCAUUUGUCGUGGAUGCUGCCUCCUCUCUUAAAUCUGCUUCGUGUUAUACAUUCUCUUUGGUCUCCACAAAUAAAUCAAGCCAUGCCUCAGCCAAUAAAAUCUGCAAUGUCCAUGAGUGAUGUUGAGCGAAAUCUUCUUCUUGGAGAAGGUAAUCCAAAGCCACAGAAGGGUGCACCAACUUUAACUGAUGGAGCUCAGGUUGCCAACCCUGAGCUGAAUGAAACUGACAUACGAAAUUGGUUGAAAGGUAUCAGAGACAGCGGGUAUAAUGUAUUGGGCUUAUCGGCAACCAUUGGGGAUUUGUUUUUCAAAUGUCUAAGUAUUCAAUCAGUUGCUCUAGCGCUAAUGGAGAACAUACAGUGGAUGGACUUCAGGCACAUGAGGCAGCUUGUUCAUUCAGUUUUAAUUCCACUAGUUAAAUUUUGCCCAUCAGGGUUGUGGGAGGAGUGGCUGGAGAAGCUCUUGCACCCAUUGUUUAUUCACUCUGAGCAAGCUCUUAGCUGCUCAUGGUCCAGUCUUUUACAUGAAGGCAGAGCCAAGGUUCCAGAUAUCCUUGGGAUACUUGCUGGGUCAGACUUGAAAGUGGAAGUAAUGGAAGAGAAGCUACUUCGCGAUUUAACUCGGGAGAUAUGUUCACUUCUCUCAGUUUUAGCUUCAUCAAGACUAAACACUGGGCUUCCGUCUUUAGAACAAUCUGCACACAGCAUUCGAAUGGACGUAACUUUUCAAAAGGACUUAGAUGCAUACGCCUCAAGUUCUAUGGUCGGUUUCCUUUUGAAGCACAAGGGCAUAGCUGUUCCAGCAUUGAAGAUCAGCUUGGCAGCUUUUUCAUGGACAGAUGGUGAAGCUGUUACUAAGGUUUCUUCCUUUUGUGGUGCUUUAGUUCUUGUAGCUAUCUCAACGAAUAAUGUAGAACUUCGAGAAUUUGUUGCCAAAGAUAUGUUUUGGGCUAUUAUUCAAGGCCUGGGUCUCGAGUCAAAUGCUAUUAUCAGCGCUGAUCUAGUUGGCCUUUGUCGUGAGAUCUUUGUUUAUCUCUCUGAUAUAGAUCCAGCUCCUAGGCAGGUCUUGCUUUCUCUUCCUUGCAUCAAACUCGAUGAUUUGCAGGCUUUUGAAGAGGCUUUGACCAAAACAUCUAGCCCUAAGGAACAGAAGCAGCAUAUGAGGAGCUUACUUUUAUUAGCUACAGGGAACAAAUUAAAAGCACUAGCUGCUCAAAAAAGUGUGAAUAUAAUAACAAAUGUGUCAAUGAGGACCCGCAGCUCAGUCCCUGCUUCAGAAUCCAGAACUGAUGAAGGGGAUGUUGUAGGAUUGGCGGCCAUUAUGUAAAUCAUAGUCUCCUAAAGUAUUCUCAUGAUCUUGUCUUAUUUCUUGUACAGUGCUGAGUCAACUUUGAUGAAGAAACACAAUCUCUUUCGAGAGCAAGGGGAAGGUAAUUUUUUCCCACUUAGUUUGACAGGGAAAUCCUUUUUCAUUUUCCUCUCUACAGUCAGACUUUGUAAAAAUUUGUUUUACCACAGCUGCCGAAUGGAAGUUCGUUGUAUUUAUGAGUCCUUGAUCUUACUGAAAAUUUGGGCUUUCACUCUCCUAGCAGACUUGAAUUUGAUCACCUGUUGGUGCAAUAGACUCGUCUCCGUUUCAAA